AUGUGUUCGUUACGACACAACGGUAUGCAUGGUGUUGAUUUAUCAGCUAAUAUUUAAGGUUUUUAACGUGUUUUGUAUUUUUGAAUCAUGAUGGAUAAUAUAAUUUUUAGGCCCCAUGUUAGAAGUUGUGGAGCACCGGAACGACACGGUUGUCUUUAAUAAUCCACGGUUUUGCAGUUUUAAAGUGCUAUGCGGCUCAGAAACCGUUUUUGUAAGUUGAUUCGUUGAGUUAUUAUUUUUUUAGGUAUCAUCUCGGAUUCAUGCGUUAAAGAUAUUUCUUGCUUCAAUUUACAGUCAUUUAUAAUUCUAGCCAAUUUUCUUUUCUUUAGCUUUAUUUAAAGUAUUUCAUGUGCUGUUUAGGUAUGAACACGUAAAAUAUUCGAUAAGUUUUGUAAAGUUAUCAGGUUGUCCAAAUAUUAUGAAUGAUCAUUUCUGAGAGCUUAACUUUAAAAUUUGGACCCCGGUCCAACUAAAUUUUUAAAAUUUUGAAAAAAUUUAAAAAAAGCUACAAUAGGUGGCGGUAAGGUCGCGUAGGGCUAAAAGGGUCAGGGGUGAGGUCGGAAAGGUAACAUUACUUGUUAGACACUCAACGAUUUAAAUUGUAUUUAAAUAUUUUUUUAAAAAUAUUUUGGAUCGCCUGCAAAGAAAUCGCUCAAUCAGUUCCGUGCCCUGCCCUAUUGCCAACCCUGCUUACAACUCAGAAAGCUGCCGGCAAGCUUGAUGUACAUAGUUAAAUUUGCUUAAAAAACUUUGAAAAAAUCCAGAACCUCUAAAAAUGGAGCUACAUGUGUAAAAAUAGUUUUAAAACGUAGACAAAAUUCUAAUGUCGCAGUAUAGAAUAAGUAUAAUACAAAAAGUGUUGUUAUUUUAGAACAAUUUAUAUUUGAAAAAAAUGAGCAUUCAUAUUUGAACAACCUCAUAAUUUCUAUGGCUUUGUUUAUCACAUUUGAUGUUUAAGGUAUCAAAGUGUUUUUUGGCCCAAAAGUCUCCAGUAUUUGCAUCUAUGUUCACAUCCGGAAUGAAAGAAGAUCAGAGAGGAGAGCUGGUGAUGGUAGACGAUGUUGAGGCAGUAAAAGCCAUGUUGUUGUUUAUACAUCAAAAUACUAAAGUUGACACUGUAAAUCUGGCUAUGAAAGUGAUCCAGCUUGCUCACCGAUAUGAAAUCAAGCUUCUUAUGGUAGUUUUUUGAUAGUGGAUUUAGUCUAUCUCCGAUUUCUGUGUUGUUGUGGUUUCUUUUCACGAUUUUUAUGGAUAUUAUUCAAAUUUAAUGUUGAUUACUGUCUUUUUCUUAAAAUUGCUUGUUCUAGCUUCAAUGCGAGCUCCAAUUGUUGGAGAACAUUUGUGAAGACCGCGCUGAAGAAUGCCUACAUUUGGCAAGAAAACUGAAAAUGGACUAUUUGACCUUCAAAUGUCUAGAAGUUUGGUAUACCAAGUUUACAAUAUCCGCGGCUAUAUCCGAUUUUUACACCGAGCAGCAGGAAGAAAACAUGAGUGUUUCUUACGACUCAGACUCAAGUUAUUGA